AAGCCACUUCCUGUAGCAGGAUCCCCGCUGGUUCCCCGCUGGAGGUGCUGGGCAGGUCUUUAAUCUCUCGUCCCGUGGCUCACGGAGUUUUCUUUUCUGUCUUGGGUAAAGGAACAGAGGUCCAGCAGAGGCUGCGUACGUCAGGGCUGCUGUGAGGGUGCAAAAUGUGUUGCGAGAAGUGGAGCCAUGUGGCCGAAAUGUUUCUCUUCAUUGAAGACCGGGAGGAUUACAAAAUUCACUGCCUCUGCACCAGGGCAUUUGUGGAGGAUCAAAAAUUGUGCAAUUUGGGACUGAAAGGCUACUAUGUCAGAGGCAGUAGCAACAAUGCAGAUGACCAAGCUACAGAAGAGGAAGAUGACUGUUCCCAUGGUACUGCAGAGUCUUUUGAAAACAAAGGCACAGACAUGGAUGAAAGUGAAUUAGAUUCUGAGGCUGAACUCAUGAGAAGCAUGGGAUUGCCACUUCAGUUUGGUAGGGUAUCUGAACAUAACAAUUUUGAGGUAUCUAUGAAUAGUAGAAAUAAAGUGAAAAAGAAAAAGACAAAACAUCACAAGAAGUACUUAGAUGAAAUUAUGCGAGAAUCUUGGAGAAAAGAAUUUGAAGAAGAUGACCUUUUGCUUUCAGAUGAUCCGUCUUCAGUUGAACAGUAUGAGAAUACUAGAACAUGUGAAUUUCAAAGCAAAAAGGACAUUAAAGCAGAAAAUCUUCCUGUUGAAAAUAUAUUAUCUGCAAAACUAGAAAUUACAGAGAUAUGGGAAAAGUAUUGGAAUAAAUAUGGAGAGGGACUAUUAUGGCAAAGCUGGCAGGAGAAACAUCCAGAUCAAACACUAUCUUCUGAACCAUGGAACUUUCCUGAUACAAAGGAAGAGUGGGAGGAACAUUAUAGUCAACUUUAUUGGUAUUAUUUGGAACAAUUUCAGUAUUGGGAAGCUCAGGGCUGGACUUUUGAUGCCUCACAGAGCUCUGAUACAGAUACUUGUACAGCUAAAACAGAAGUUGACAAUAAGAAAAAUGAAGGUAGCACAGAAAUUGACUUAGCAUCUUUCUCAUCUUUACCUAAUCCAGUUGAUAAAGAAAGCUCUGGUUCAAGUGAUCACAAUGAAAUACUUGAUGGAAUUAGUAAUAUAACUCUGAGUUCAGAGGAAGUAGAACAGAGCCAGUUAAAUUCCGUAAGUUGUGGUGGGCAGCUAAGUGAACUUAACGGUGGGAAAGUAUGCCCUGCUUCUGGCCAAAAUGAACCAUGUAAUGGAGGAACCAAGGAAAGCAACCUAUCUGGAAAUAAAACUACAGACCAACCAGUUCAAGAGUCACAGGAGUCUUUGGGAGCAAACACACGUAAAGGUAAACCACACACCAGCCAGACUGAUGGAGAUGAGAGUGAAGAAGAUCCACCUGAGGAUAAGCCUGCGAAGCUCAAGAGGAGCCAUGAACUGGACAUCGAUGAAAAUGUGGAUUCAAACCUUGAUGACAAUGGUUCCCUUCUAGGAUUCAAGCAUGGCUCAGGACAAAAAUACGGUGGAAUUCAACAUUUCAGUCAUCGCCAGAUCAGGUAUCUAGAGAAGAAUAUAAAACGCAAGUCAAAAUAUCUGGACAUGCGUAGACAAAUAAAGAUGAAAAACAAACAUAUUGUCUUUACUGAAAAAUCAGAAAAAACAGUUUUCAAGAAGAGCAAGGCUCUGAGUAAAGUAGAAAAAUUUCUAAAAUGGAUUAAUGAACCAGUGGAUGAGGAAGCAUCACAGGAGUCAUUUUCUCAUGACAAUAUACAAGACAGUUGCACCAGCAGUGAUUCAGAGAAAUUAGACAUGUCUGUUAAAAAAGCUGAUGACCUAAUGGUAACUAGAAGUCUAGAACCUGAAAAGUGUCAGGCCAUCUCUUCAGCCAGUGAACCUGAAACAGAAAAGAAUGAACAACACAGCCCGAUAGCAGCUAUUCCAGAGAAGAAUUGUGUUGCUCAGGAAACACCAGACUUUCCCCAGGUAGACACUAAAGCUGAAAUUAAAAAGAAGAAGAAGAAAAAUAAAAACAGAAAGGUAAAUAGCAUUCCUCCUGAGAUAGCUGCUGUUCCUGAGCUGAUUAAAUACUGGGCCCAGAGAUACAGACUCUUCUCCCGUUUCGAUGAGGGGAUUAAGUUAGAUAGAGAGGGCUGGUUUUCAGUUACACCUGAAAAGAUUGCUGAACACAUUGCUGGUCGUGUCAGUCAGUGCUUCAAGUGUGACACUGUAGUGGAUGCAUUCUGUGGAGUUGGAGGAAAUACCAUUCAGUUUGCCUUAACAGGAAAAAGAGUGAUUGCCAUUGAUAUCGACCCCGUUAAAAUUGAUCUUGCUCGAAAUAAUGCAGAAGUUUAUGGGAUAGCAGAUAAGAUAGAGUUCAUCUGUGGAGACUUCCUGCUGCUGGCUCCAGAUUUAAAGGCUGAUGUUGUCUUCCUCAGCCCACCUUGGGGAGGACCAGAUUAUGCCACUGCAGAGACCUUUGACAUUCAGACAAUGAUGUGUCCUGAUGGCUUUGAAAUUUUCAGGCUUUCUCAGAGGAUUACUAAUAAUAUUGUUUAUUUUCUGCCAAGAAACGCUGAUGUUGACCAGGUGGCAUCCUUAGCUGGGCCAGGGGGUCAAGUGGAAAUAGAACAGAACUUUCUUAACAAUAAAUUGAAGACAAUCACGGCUUAUUUUGGUGACCUGAUCCGAAAAGCAGCCUCUGAAACCUAACUGAAACAACACAAAGACAAACAGAUCAUGUAGUAAUCAGAACAUUGUUCACAUGAGAUGCUAGGAAUGUCUUUCUGUGUUCACUGAUACUUUGUACACACUCUUCUAACAUCACAUGAUAUGAAAACUUACAUGAGUUUAAUGAAUAUUAAUGAAAUGCUUUCAGAUUUUUGGAUUAUAUUAAUGAAGUACUGUGUAUUGUACAUUAGGAUAGUAAGUGUGUGAUACGGACAGAGGACAAGAGUUGCUCCUCUGCUUAAUUUCAGCAUAUGUCAGUAUGUGUAUAUUUUUAUAUUUUUUGUGUUUUUAUCUUUAUGAAUAUAUACAUUUAUGUGUUUAUAUAAGAAUAAUGUUUUAAUAGAGAAAAAUACAAGGAAAUCUAUGAAUGAGUAAUGGUUUAUCCACCCAUUUAACCUCUACUGAAAUAACAUUAUACAUUUAACGCUGAAAAUGUAUAAUUUAAUUUAGAAUGGUGCAAAAAGAAAAAUA